CUCUAUCUCUCUCCUUCUCUUUCUCUGUGAGUAAGUCAGGCGUGGGCGUCCUGCUUUCAUUGCUAAACCUUCAUCAAUGGAGGGAGGGGCAUUAUUAUUAUUAUUAUUAUUAUUAUUAUGAAUUUGCAAGUGCAUUUCUUCAAUCAUGGCGAAUCUCACAUAUAUAUAGCAGCUGUUCAUCACAAUCAUUAUGUGUGUUUCUUCCAUUAACAUCCUAUCUUUUCCUGCUUUAAUUACUUAAUUGGUUCUCUUCAACCAGACAGUAAAGCGAUCUUCAUAUCAUUUCUCAUCCCUCACUUCCUCGAUCCAACUAUAUAUAAAAGCCGCGUCAUGGAUCGGCGAGAUAGGUCACUAAGAGAUAAUCGAUUUCCAAGUCGCCGGGAUCAAGAGAGUCCGUCUUUCUCAUCCACUCUGCUCGACUCAAUUUACCGUUCCAUAGAUUCGGAAGGCAUGGUGCUCUACAAGGAGAAGUUGAUCAAUCGAACGGGAUUCGAGGAGAACGAUCACGAGGAGAUGGACAAGCUUCGUAGAGCUUGUUUAAUUGAAAAGUGGAUGGAGAAGAAGGUGACUGAGAAGGUUGUACGAGGCAGAGGAUCCAUGCCGGAUAAUUUCCAACGGAAGCCGCGAAGCAAUAUUGAAAAUAGUCGUGAUCCGUUUUGGCUGUCACAUUCAAGCUCAACCUCUUCAGAUUCGAGUUCCGGUAGUGGAUUCUCGUCUUCGGAGGCGGAAUCAGGAUACAAACCUCCAAAGAUGAUCCACCGAACUCAGCCGGAGAAAUUCAACAAGAGGAUGAAGGAUCAGAAAGACUUAUCGAAAACGAAGCAUGAAAACGGUUAUGUUAACACCAAGUCGAAGGCGGCGAUGAAGAUAUUCAACGAUUUUAAAAAGUCCAAACAGCCACUCUCUCCCGGCGGCCGGUUGACGAGUUUCAUCAACUCACUUUUCACAACCACAACCAGCAGCAAGAAGAAAACAACAUCGGCUGCUGCAGGAGAUCAACGCAAGGAGAUGGCGAAAACAAAAUACGCUCAGCCAUCGACGACGACGACUUGUUCGUCGGCUUCGUCAUUUUCACGGUCAUGUCUAAGCAAAACACAAUCAUCCAGAGAAAAAUUGAGCAGUUCUAAGAGAUCCGUAAAAUUCUGUCCGGUUAACAUCAUCGUGGACGAAUAUUAUCAAGCUCCAGUAUACGACGACGUUGAUAUCACUAUCCCUAGCUUGGAAUCGAUGAAACAUCAUGAAAUCAUGAUCAGAAACUCCAUGAGAGAAGAAUUAAAACUACAAAUCCUGGAGAGAAACCGCCGCGUUGAAGAAGGUAAUAAAAAGUACCAUACAAGUACUACUACUGUUCAUCAUGUAAAACAGGAAAUUGAUGAUGAUGAAGAAGAAGACGAUGCUGCAAGCUGUGCAAGUUCUGAUUUGUUCGAGCUUGAUAGUCUUUCCGCCAUUGGAAUGGACGAAGAAGAACUUCCAGUUUAUGAAACCACUCAAUAUCUCAGAACCAAUCGCGCCAUCCCAAAUGGCUUUCUUCCAUAGUGGCUUGGCUUGGCUUAAUAGAAAAGCAGUUAAUUAAUUUUGGUUCCUAUUUUUUGGGGGAGUUUUAGUUAAUAUUGGUAAUUGGUGGGUUUGUUUGUUUUUCUUUUCAGUCAGAAAUAAUUAAUGAUUAAUUUACUUUUUUU